GGUGUACAUCUAGCCGCAAAUAAAAAGGCGACACGAGCGCCAAUUUGUUCCAGCGGCAGUAAUCUGAAACAAAUCGAGGCCGUCGGCUAAGGGCAACGCGAUCAACGCACCGGCCGCAGCAAUCAAUCGUAACAACAUACCCGAGUCUCCGACGAAUUGUUCGUGGGCAGCGGUUCCGUCGACCUCGGCCACCGCGAUCGGUGGAUCGUUCAACGCAGAAGCUCGGCCAUGGCGCUGGUGACGCGGACCGAGGUGCGGCAGCUCUUGCACCCGCACUACCUGGUGAACCUGGUGCUCGCGAGCUGCUACCUGCUGCUGCGACUGGUGCCGCCCUUCUGCACCGUCCUCUUCCCGACGGGCGACUGCCAGCUGGACUUCCGCGAGACCGAGGUGCUCACCUUCCUUGCCGUGAUCGUGCUGUUCCGAACCCGCAAGCUGGGCGUGGCGCGGCUCGUGCCGUACCUGUCCACCGCGUGCAUGUACACUAAGGUGGCUAAUCUGCUGCUCUUCUUCUACUGGGACCCCCGGCUGGGCGUCCUGUACGCGGCCGUCUGCCUCCUGCAGCUUCUCGUGCUGCCGGAGCCGUCGUACGACGGGCCCGACCACGUGGUUUACUUCCACGCGUCCACGCUGCGCGAGGAGUUGGAGCGCGACCGCCGCGUCUGCUGGCUGGUGGCCUUCUACGCUGUUUGGAGCCCCGCCUGCGUCAACCUGGCGCCUGUGUUCGCCCAGCUGGCGGCUAAGUACACGCUGGACAACCUGCGCUUCGGCAAGCUGGACGUAACCCGCUACCCGGACCUGGCGCAUGAGUACCACAUCAGCACGGCAGCCAUGAGCCGACAGCUGCCCACCAUCAUCCUGUUCCGCCAGGGCAAGCCCGCCGCCAGGAGGCCAGAUCUGGAAGGCAGCAAGUUGGCGCGCUUCGCCUUCACCGAGGAAAACAUCGUGGCCGCCUUCGAUCUCAACAACCUGUACCAGGAGUGCAAGCAGAACCCGAUCCGCAAGAAGGCGCCCGCCAAGGAGGACUGAGCGGGUACGGUCCGAGUUCAAGGUCAUUCCUCUCCCAGGACGGCUUGGGGCGCUUGGCGGAUCGCGGCUCUAGCAAGUGGCAGAGCCAAGGCCUGCCAGAGAACCAACACCUUCAGCAUAGAUAGACUAGUCUUACAUCCAGCCACUGGUGCCAAAACCAUCUGUGCACGCAGGCUGAGAAUGGUGGUAGCAUUGAAUGCUGCAUGCAGAGUGCUGUUAUGCCGCUGCACACUGGCCGAGCAUGUGUUGCUGAAACGUGGUGACCUAGCAAGAGUGGCUCAGACGUUCCUAGUUCGUGGCCGGCAGCAUAGUUCAUACGAUGCACGUGGUAGUUCUUAAAAAAAUUUGUUAGAAAAGGAUCCAGUACACCACAUGAAGGGGAUAAUUAGUGAUGCUCCACAAGGAGCCAGACUGUUUUUAUUACGGUUUUUGACAUGACAGGGACAAAACAGUCGUGAAUUGAGCGAAUGAUGGGUGGUGCCAAGGGCAGCUGCGGCAGAUGAACGCUACAUUCCUGUGCCACUUUUUCUGCCUACCCCGGGUAGCACCAAGAACUUCAAGGGGCCAUUCUUGUAGAAUUAAAAAAACAUAAAGGGAUGCAAGUAGUGUGCAUCACUUAAAACUCACCGGCUGCUGACCACUAGUGAGCAGGGUGGAACCGAGCACACUGGAAGGGAAGACACAAGUUUGACGAGAUCUCCAUUCAGGAUGGAAAUUUUCAAAUGCAAGCAUUGUGCUCUUACUGGUUUGCACUAAUGGUGGAUUACUGCUUAAGUGCCAUCAGGGUUGAGUCAGGGCAUUUCUUCACACGGGCAUUACAGUCACUUGCAGUGUUACGGAUGCCUUUCUUAAAGUUUGAGCUUAACUUUUGUUGCCUGUACUGGAAAAUAGUGCAGGCAAUUUUUUUUUUUUAACACAACAUUACAGCAGAGGUUUUUCCUACUUCUCUUUUGCCUUAAGUUACAUGUUUGCUCUCAUUAGAAACUCUUUUGGUUAGUGUGUAACAGCGGUAAUCCAAACAGGUCAAAUGAAGGUUGUGCUGGAAAGUUUCUCGCAACUGGCGGUUUGUUCCACGACAGCUCGCCAAACUUUCCAUUGCCUCUUCAAUUUGAACUGAAAUGGGUGCUCCCUCAGAUUUUAAGGAAGAACACUUUUUUAUGUUGAAAAUAAGGUGCGUAGAUUUUUUUUUAAAAACUGACACAUGCCAAGAAAACUUAACUGCACUGCAGAUGUAUGAAAUGAGGAGCAUUGUCCUAAAUGAUGGGAGCAUAAAUAAAUAAAAUUCAAUGUUUUACUUUUUGCA